GAGAAUGGCUAUAUAUCGGUGGCAGCGAAUCGCACGGGAUCCUCAGUAGAAGAUGAUAGAGGACCAGGUGCAUCAACAUCCGGUACGAUUACCUCCCGACAAAAACGCCCAUAUCGAUGUUACAUCCAAAUUUGAAAAUGAUCAAUGCAAAGAACCUUUACUUUCCGAAAAGCAAAUUUGCCACAGGAUAACGUCGGAGGAUGCUCGUUCGACCACUGGCUCGGAAUCAACGAUCGUAAACACAACGAUCAUGGGCACAAGUUUGGGCACAGGCACGACUACAGUGACGGUGACGGGUAUGGGAGGAGGAACGGGGACGAACGCAUGGAUGGACACGGUUGUCGGGGUUGACACUGUCAUUGAUCCCAACGACAAAUCUGCGGAACAAGACCGCGUUGAUGUACCUAUAUUCGACGAGGGAACCACCGAUAGUGGCCGUCUUCCCGAUCUUGUCGCUCAGAGUAAAAUAUACGGUGUAAACGAAGAUGAACCUCUCGAAUCGUAUUUGGCGAUCACCAUUCAAGUUUUCAUACCGUUUCUUAUCGCCGGCCUUGGCAUGGUGGGGGCAGGAUUAGUUUUAGAUUUGGUUCAACAUUGGGUCGUGUUCGAGAAAGUGAGCGAACUCAUCAUUCUAGUCCCAGCGUUAUUGGGUUUGAAAGGAAAUUUAGAAAUGACUCUUGCAUCCCGUCUUUCGACUCAAGCGAAUCUCGGCCAUAUGGAUACGCCGAAACAACAAUGGUACAUGAUCGUUGGAAAUCUCGUCUUGAUUCAAUGCCAGGCGAUAGUGGUUGGAUUUCUCGGCUCUGUGGUGGCAAUCGUAAUGGGAGCAUCUCGAAACGGUACCAUCUCGUUCGAUCAUGCAUAUCUAUUAUGCGCGAGCAGUUUGGUUACCGCAUCCCUGGCUUCGUUCGUCCUUGGAUUGAUAACUGCAGGUGUGAUCGUUUUCUCCCGACAUUGUCACAUUAAUCCGGACAACGUCGCGACACCGAUCGCAGCCAGUCUUGGAGAUAUCACCUCUUUGGCUUUACUCUCGUGGAUAUCUACCAUUCUUUACGAAUCAAUAAAUAAACAAGAUUGGGUCGCACCCCUCGUGAUUGCUUGCUACAUCCUGAUUACACCUCUCUGGGUAUGGAUCGCCAAGAGAAACAAAUACACAAACGAUGUUCUUUACUCCGGAUGGACUCCUGUCAUGAUCGCUAUGUUGAUCAGCAGUUGCGGUGGUCUGAUACUCGAAUUCAUGGUCUCGCGAUUCGAAAACUUGACCGUUUUCCAACCGGUGAUCAACGGCGUCGGUGGAAAUUUGGUAGCUGUACAAGCAAGCAGAAUAUCGACAGCCCUUCACAAACAAGCCGAACUGGGAACUCUUCUAAUUCCACCUGGUCACACGCAUCCCGUUAUCUUUAUUACACCUAUCGCUAACUUUUUUGGCAAAGGUAUGCACGCGAGAACAACCAGAGUUCUAAUGGCAAUGGUUAUACCAGGCCACAUAAUUUUCAUUUAUCUAAUUAAUUAUAUGAAGGAUGGCAACACUUCACUAACGCCUCUCUUCGUUUUUGUUUACUUGUGCGCCGCCAUGCUCCAAGUUGCCGCUCUCCUGUACAUUGCAUACAUAAUGAUACAUUGGAUGUGGAAACGAAAAAUCGAUCCAGACAAUUCGGCGAUUCCAUAUUUAACAGCGAUGGGAGAUUUAUUAGGCAUCAGUUUAUUAGCGAUCGCUUUUCAAUUUCUUUAUCUUGUUGGAGAUCAAGAUUUCGAUCGAACGAUCCCUUCCUAAAAAAUAUCUACAUACGUAUAUACUGCAUUCUGCAAAUAUUUCCCCGAUUCUUUUUUUUCCAACAACAUCCUCAUCAUCGUUAUCGUUAUUGCUAUCGCCAAUGUUGUCGCUGUUAUAGUUUUUAUAAUUAUUAUACAUAUAUCGCCGUUAAAUAGAUAUAUGGUGCCAUAUUUUCUCUUUCUUCUCAUAAGCAAAAUUUAGAAAUAAUUAUUUUGUUAACAUAUCUGAAAAGAUAAUAUAUCUUUCCAAAAAGCAAUACGUGCAAUUCGAAUUCAAAAUCAAUAUAUAUAUACAGAGGAAAGACAAAAAUAUAUAUUAUAUUGUAUUAUAUUUUCGUGAUAAUUAAUUAAACAUGAAUAUUCUUUCGUUAAAAAUCUUUUUUCUAUAUUAUACGAUUUUGUUAUUUUAUUAUUUUAUUUUAUUUCACAUCAAGUCGUCGAAAGAAUAGAAAUUUCAUUGUGAUUAAAUUAGCUAUACAAAAUCUUGACGCAAUGUCUCAUAUUUCUUAUAAACAAUUUUUUCAAAUCGAUAUCGAAUCGGUAUGGUUCCGAAAAGUAUAAUUAGGAAUGGAAAAGAUAGAGAAAUGGAAAAAGAAAAGGCACCUCAUAAUUGAAUAUAUAAAUAUGAAAUAAUAUUCGAUAUCAUUCGUUAUGUUGAUACGAUUUAUAUACGUGUCUUUGAAUAGUUGCCUUCGAAUACCAUGAUAAUUAUUAUUAUCGAAUCACACAUACAAAGCAAGCUAUUUUUCAACAUUUUCGCUUAAUUUGCAAUAUCUAUUCGCUUAUUAGCACAAUUUCCAUCACACGACAAAGUCAAUCGGGGUGCUUCCAUAUUUGGAAAUUGUUAUGUUGCUAUAAUAAUUACACAAUCCGCGAAUAUAGUCAUACAUAAUUCCGCGAGUCUUCCAUCAAAGGUAGCCUAUUAUCGACAUUUUAAAAUAUAUUUUCACUACGUACACAUAUACGUAUAUACAAAUGAUUCGACAUUAUAUCUCUUUAGAAUUGUGUCGAUAUAUAUAUAUACGUAUGUAGCUACUUAUGUAUGUUGAAACACGUACGAUGCAACACGUACUUCUUUAUCUUUUUUUCUUUUUUUACACAUAUACGCGAAUGCGGUAAAAUGCCUAAAAUUUGAAAAACAUUCAAUGUAAGAACCAGUAGAAAUACAAAAUACCAAAGAUUAGGAUAUAAAUACAUAUAUCUUGACAAUAAUGUUUGUUUCGAAGGAGACAGAUAAACUAUUUUUUACCCAACACGAAUGAAAAAUGUAAACGCUUCCUUUUACACAUACUCAUAAACAUAAAUUCAUCGAUCGUCGUUUCGUUUUAAGACAAUUCGAAGGAAGAUACUUCGUCGUUUCAUCAAUAUAUUCCGAAUAUACUGUUCAAGAUUUCCUAAUGAGAUACAUAUACGUAUUUAAUAUUACGUAUGUACAUGUAUCAAUGAUUUAAACAUGAAUUAUUUUCCUUCGAAUUACUUCUAAUUGUGAUUCUUCGAAUUGCAAUUUGAACGAGAAAAUGAGAAGAGAUGAAAAUAAUUUACAAGGGGCGAA